CUGCGUCGCGCGGGCUUUUUUUUCGUUUAAUUUCACCAUUCCCCAACCUCCCCCCCCACCCGGUUUCUUGUGUGCCCGCCACUCACGUAUUCCUCCAACUGGCCAUUUAACCCUGGGUAGCGUCGACACACGGUACGCGCCGGACUAACGCCCCGCGAGAGAGAGCGUGCAUUAACCACCAAUUCGUGGGCGGUGUAAACAAUUCAGACGGAUUAAUCGGAUUUGUGAGGGAAUAGUAUAUUGAAUUCUGCGGCUCGUUCGAACAAUCGGUUGAAAUAUUUUUGGAAAAAAAAUUUUGUGCCGAUAUUCACGUGGAUGAGACGCAACUCUCGACGGAUUUUCGCAAUUCGGGUGGAAACUGUUGCGCUUCGCUGAAGUAAAAGGCCACAAUUGCGGAUGAUGAAGAGCCGACAUCAAUUUCGCAGACGCUUUAGUCUGCAGCCUUCCUCGUCUCUCAAGGAAGAGCAGGAGGCACCACCAAAGACAUCUAUCAGAGAAGAGCGUCUCUCAGAGUCGGACAAUGGAGAAAAGUCCAACGACUCGCCGGCGAAGCACAAAAUAGUGGUACUUGGUGCAGCCAAAGUUGGCAAAUCAUCAAUAAUAAAUCAAUUUCUCUACAACACAUUCUCGCCAAAGUACAAGAGAACUGUUGAGGAGAUGCACUGCGGAGACUUCAAUGUUUCCGGAGUGCAGUUGACCCUAGACAUAUUAGAUACAUCAGGCACUAAUGACUUUCCCGCCAUGCGGGAAUUGUCGAUAAAAUCGGCGGACGCAUUUAUUCUUGUUUAUGAUGUCAAUGAUGCCAGCACGUUUGCCGAAGUUGAGGGACUCAGAUCAACGAUUUUGGCGUCCAAAGGAGCUGUGCCAAUUGUUGUCGUUGGUAAUAAGAUCGAUCUCGUCAUGGAGAGCGAGGACUGCGAGGGGGAAGCUCAGGUGGAUACAGACCGCAUACGUGAACUAGUUGUAACAGAAUGGGAGAAUGGCUUUGUGGAAGUAUCAGCUAAGGACAAUUUGAACAUCACUCAAGUAUUCAAAGAGCUCUUGGUACAAGCCAAAGUCAAAUACAAUUUGAGUCCAGCAUUGAGGCGCAGGCGACGUCAAUCACUACCACCACCACAUCAUCACAAUUCACGUACAAGUAGUGCACCCGUACCAUCGCCAGCGCAACUCCAGCAUCUUCACCAGAUUCGCGAGCGUUCUGGUGGCAAAAGAAAUUCCUGCAUCCUCUCAUAAGAAUAGCUAUAGUCUAAAUGAAAAUUAAAUCGAUCUCACACCUGAUGGUCACCAGGAGGAAAUUAAUCGCAUAUUCCAUUCGUCAAUUAAUGAAUAAAAUUGCUAAUGAAUUGAUCAAUUCAAACGAGGAAAUUUCAUUUUACAAUUGAUUUUUUUUUCUCCAAAAAUUGUCACAUUCUCAAGUCAAAACUAAUCGCUGAAUUUAAACGAUUAAAAUAUUGUUGUUCGAUUCGAGACCAAAUAACGAAAAUAUUUCUCUUUGCGAACGCUUGUGGAGGCAUUGAACAACCGAAUGACUGAAGAUAUUUCAAAAAAAUCAACUUGGUCAAUUCAAAAAUUGUGAAUUUCGAUUGAAUGAGUGAAUAUUUUUUGAAUCAAUUAUACGUGAAUCGCACAGAAAGCAAUUUUUUCUAGACUAUUAGCGAAAUAUCAAGCGGUAAUCUCAUAAUUGCAAUAAUAGUUAUUAGUUUUUUUUGGGGAUGAAUGAGCGAUUGUGUCUGUGAUCAAAUGUCAAUCAAUUAUGGGUAAAUACGUGAGUAAAUAAAAGCCUAGCUCCUUCUCUCUUACGCUAAAACAAUAAUAUAUAAUAGUAGAUCGCUCCAAUAUCGAGUGAAAGAGGCAUUUAAUUUUCGAAUAAUUAAAUGAUGCAAUAGCAUGAGUCAGUGGAGAAAUUAUUAACGUAAUGAUCUACCUUUGUACUUAAUUAAUGAAUAUUUAAAAUGAUAAAAUGCCUUUCAAGACUCUUCUCAAUGGAAAAUCUGAAUAUAAAUAAUUAAAAUACGUGAAUAAUGUUAGGUAUUCCUCCUGUACACUAUCCUAUUCGUCAUAAAUUAUAUAAAUACAGUAUUACGUAAUGAAUUUCAAUCGUGUAUGAGGCGAAAUGGAAAUAAAGAAGGGCUUGAGAGAA